AUGACAGCCAUUACAGACGAAAUGUUUGCUCCCCAAUUUGCUGUCCUACAGGACCUGUUCGGCGACAUCAUCUCUGUACAAAAAGCCGUCAGGGAUCUCGCUUCGAUCUCCUUAUCAAUAGAACCUAAAGCAGGUCUUGGUCGUCUUUGGGCUGUGAUAGUGGGAUGCGCCUGCGAAUCCCCUGAACACCAUGAUAAGCUUGUCGAUAUUCUAGUCCAGCUCUCUAAGCUCCCAAGUCCGAAAACAGCCGGUGGGGACGCACUCAUUCUCUACGAUAUGCAAAUUUGGAAAGACCUCCCGACACUAGGCUGGGCACUCCGUGAGCAGUGGAAUAUAUCUGUGCCUAGUGGACCCCCUGAUAACCGACAAAGUGUAAUCUCGAAAAUCAUCAACCGGGACAAAUUCACAGCACUUUUGAUGGCAACCGAGGAACCCGUAUUCGCAUACUCAUGGUUUGCAAUAUUCACCCUCCGCGACGCGCUGGAAAUACCUAUAAACCAAUUGUUACCAACCUACCCCUUAGAGGCGUUGAUUCCUGCUGCUGCAUGGAUCAGUACUCUCGGCGUGGAGAUCUAUGAAUGGGAUAAAGAUCUUAGCGGCUAUAAAGGCAUGGCGCCGGGAAGCGGAGGCCCUCUUUGCUUUUGCAAGGAGAGGUGGCAGCUAUGGCGGAAGAGAUUUGGGGAGGUGGCUAGGAUGAGGGGCGAGAUCGGAGACGAAGCGAGAACGGCAGCAAGGGAAGCGGAGGAAAUGAUGUUGGAGAUUGAGAAUGGGGAAGUGGAGUGA